CAGUCCACUGUCUGACAUAGUGUCAUCCUCUUUCUUAACGGAGCAACGAAGCAAAGUACUCUCCACCGCCACCACCAGGCACCAGCAUCGGCACGGCACCACCACGGCGUGGCAGCAAAAUUAAGGACUCAAAUCUUCUCUUCUUCCCUUUGUAUGAAAUUUACACCAUGGACAGAAGUCUCUAUUCCAUCUUCCUCUCCUUUACGUUCCUAUCUCUGUUUCUUCAUUUCUCCUCUGCAGAGAUAAAAAACCUGAAGAUCAAUGCUGACUCUCGCUCCAUGAUCCUUCUCGAGAAGUUCGGCUUCACCCACACUGGUCACGUCAACGUCUCCGUCAACGAUGUCUCCUACUCGUCUUCUCUAUCCCAACCCGACCCUUCUCGCCUCGGCUUCUUCCUCCUCUCCGAAGAGGCCCUCAUCCAAGUCCUCCUGGAAGCCGAGCAGAACUCUAAUUUCUGUGUCCUCGACAGCCACUAUAUCAUCUCUCUCUUUACUUUCAAGGACCUCUUACCGCCUAAGCACAUCUCCUUCAACAAUUCGUACCCAGUCACCGAACCUAAUGAGUACAGUCUCUUCUUCUCUAACUGCGCACCGAAAAGCCAGGUGACCAUGACAGUACGUACCGAGAUGUACAACGUCGACAACGGCGUCAAAGACUACCUCCCCGCAGGUCAGACCCAACUUCCCAUGCUUUAUUUCUUGUUCUCGCUGUCCUACUUAGCCUUCUUAGGGUUUUGGAUCUACUUCUGCUACACGAAUCGUCUCUCUGCUCACCGGAUCCAUCUAUUGAUGGCUGGUUUGCUCCUAAUGAAAGCCCUGAAUUUGAUCUGCGCUGCUGAGGAUAAGCAUUAUAUCAAGGUCACUGGGACUCCUCACGGUUGGGAUGUUCUGUUCUAUUUGUUCCAGUUUCUUAGGGUUGUCUUACUUUUCACGGUCAUAGUCUUGAUCGGGACAGGGUGGUCGUUCUUGAAGCCGUUCUUACAAGAAAGAGAGAAGAAGGUCUUGAUGAUUGUGAUCCCACUUCAGGUUCUUGCCAAUUUGGCUUCUAUUGUGAUUGAGGAGACGGGGCCUUUUAUUAAAGAUUGGGUAACUUGGAAUCAAGUGUUUUUGUUGGUUGAUAUCAUCUGUUGUUGCGCAAUUAUCUUCCCAAUUGUGUGGUCGAUCAGGUCACUGAGGGAGACCUCUAAGACAGAUGGGAAGGCUGCAAAGAAUUUGGCCAAGUUGACACUUUUCCGGCAGUUUUAUAUGGUUGUAAUUGGAUAUUUAUAUUUCACGAGAAUUGUUGUGUUUGCACUCAGAACAAUUGCUGCUUACAAGUACCAAUGGGUAAGCAAUGCGGCUGAGGAGAUUGCAAGUCUUGUUUUUUACUUGGUAAUGUUUUAUAUGUUUCGGCCAGUUAAAAGGAAUGAAUACUUCGUUCUCAAUGAGGAAGAAGAAGAAGCCGCAGAGGCUGCUCUUAGGGACGAAGAAUUUGAGCUCUGAAGUGGGGUUUGAACUUUUGAUCCGUGGGGAGGAUUUCGUGGUCCGUCGUUUAUCUUUUACUCCUCUCACUAUAACAUUUUGAGAAUUCACCGACAGAUUUAUGAGUAGAUUUGUUGGGUGCUGCUGCUCCCAUUUAGUCUCCUUUUUCCUGUAAUAAGAACAAUACCUUUUCAAGUUUUGUGGUCUGGCUUGACUCUUGAGGCUAUAGGAAUUUCGGAUGUAAUUGAUAGGUGUGCUACUGAAGUACAAAGUAAGUAUUUGCAUUUUACUCUUAUAUUGCUUCUCAUUUUCCUAA